AGCAGAUCAAACGAGGCAGCGAAAUUACAUCGUUCGAGUUUUCUGACUGUACAUUACAUUGUGUACAAGCGUGGCGUCUAGUUAGUUCAGCAUAAGUUUGUCGUGAGAGAAUAAAGUAAAUGAAAUGGUCCUUGUGUUUAUACGGGCCAUAGAAUGGGAAAUUGUGUUUACUGUUAGUGAUGCGGGAGUAAAGCUAGAGACUUCCGUCUGAACGCGUAUGUAAAUGGUGGUGACUGGCUCAGCUGGCAUCGCAGACGUCCACAAACCGCAGGUUUAGUGGUUUGGCUUCAAGUAACUCCUGUGUGCGGGGGAAUGGAAAAUCGGCUCCGUCAAAUAGCUAUAUAUAAACAUUUGUGUUAACUUGUAAUUAGGCUGUAGUCAUCCAACUUUAGUCAUGUCUGUGCGUGAUUCGCUGUUUCCUUACAUAGUUUCCUUCUUGGUUUAGUAAAUGUGUAAUGAUGCAAGAGGUUUUUGACUGUCAAGAGCUGAAGCUUAACUUAAAGUCAGAUAAAACAUUAACAUUUAUUUUUACACAAAUCAGGGAGUACAUGUUGUUCUAAGGCUCAUUUACAUACAAAAUUUACAUCAGCAUCACAUUACAAAGACGUGGCGUCCCUUUUAUGGUCAGUAUGAGCAGGGAAGACGAGUAUCGUGGCAACUACUGGUGGAAAAGGCUUGUGUACCUGUAAUUUGUGUACAGCAUGGCAAUGACAGGCCAGAGCUCGUGCUCCUCCAUGAGUAACCACACCAAGGAGCGGGUCACUAUGGCCAAAAUGACCCUGGAGAAUUUCUACAGUAACCUCAUCGCUCAGCAUGAGGAGCGGGAGAUGAGGCAGCAGAAGCUGGAAAAAGUAAUGGAUCAGGAGGGUUUGGCUGAUGAAGAGAAACGUAUCCGGCGAUCUCAGCAUGCAAGGAAAGAAACAGAGUUUCUCCGUCUCAAACGCACCCGACUGGGCCUAGAAGACUUUGAGUCUUUGAAGGUGAUUGGCCGAGGAGCAUUUGGAGAGGUCCGCCUGGUGCAGAAGAAGGACACUGGUCACGUUUAUGCCAUGAAGAUCCUUCGCAAGGCUGACAUGCUUGAGAAAGAGCAGGUUGGUCACAUUCGUGCUGAGAGGGACAUUCUCGUAGAGGCUGACAGUCUAUGGGUGGUCAAAAUGUUCUACAGCUUUCAGGAUAAGAUGAACCUCUACCUAAUUAUGGAGUUCCUGCCAGGAGGAGACAUGAUGACCCUACUCAUGAAGAAGGACACUCUGACAGAAGAGGCCACUCAGUUUUACAUAGCAGAGACGGUGCUGGCCAUCGACUCAAUCCACCAGCUGGGCUUCAUCCACAGAGACAUCAAACCAGACAACCUGCUGCUGGACUCCAGGGGCCAUGUGAAACUGUCAGACUUUGGUCUCUGCACGGGGCUGAAGAGGGCUCACCGUACUGACUUCUACAAGAACCUGAACCACAGCCUGCCCAGUGAUCUCAGUAAGCAAACCUUUCAGAACAUGAACUCCAAGAGGAAAGCAGAGACCUGGAAGAGGAACAGGAGGCAACUGGCGUUCUCCACAGUGGGAACCCCAGACUACAUCGCCCCAGAGGUCUUCAUGCAAAAUGGAUACAACAAGCUCUGUGACUGGUGGAGCCUCGGUGUCAUCAUGUAUGAGAUGCUGAUAGGUUACCCUCCUUUCUGCUCCGAGACGCCCCAGGAGACGUAUAGGAAAGUAAUGAACUGGCGAGAGACGCUCACCUUCCCUCCAGAAGUGCCUAUAUCAGAGAAGGCCAAAGACCUCAUCCUCAGGUUCUGCUGUGAGGAGGAACACAGGAUCGGUGCUACAGGUGUGGAGGAGAUCAAGUCCAAUCCCUUCUUUGAAGGGGUCGACUACGACCACAUCCGAGAAAGGCCCGCUGCCAUUCCCAUAGAGAUCAAAAGCAUUGACGACACCUCAAACUUUGACGAGUUCCCUGAUUCAGACAUCCUCACACCAACAGUAGCUCCAGUCUCCAACCACACUGAGGCCGACCUAAAGAACAAGGACUGGGUUUUUAUCAACUAUACCUACAAGCGCUUUGAGGGCCUGACGGCUCGGGGAGCCAUUCCAUCCUACAUGAAGUCAGGGAAGAGAUGAACACCUUGGGACUGGCCAUUUAUCCUCCAUAACCACCAUAAAACCUGAGUCCAAACAUCUGCUUUCUGGAGAACUUCAGCCCUGAAAGGAGAGCGCCAGUUUUCCAUGUUACCAGAGUCAUGAGGAUUUUAUUCACCCAAGACUUUGCAGAUAAUAACAGGGCUAAAUUUCAUCCAUGGCUUUCCACUGUAGGAACUUCUGCCUUUUGUUUCUACAGGUCUUCAAUUUCUCCAACUCUUUUAACGGUACUUUUCUACUUCCUCCUCACUAAACUGGGAUUUAAGUGGAUGUGUUUCUGUCCACUCGCCUUUUCCACCUGUGGAUUUAGUGGGAUGUCGUCACUCCUGACACCAGCAUCAUUUCUAUUUGCUCUCUUCAAACCAGCACCAGUUUGUUGGACGCGCUAAGGGCUUGUCUCUUUCCAAUACCCGGACACCCACUCCUCCGUUUGCCUGUGUAUGUUGACUUAUCAACUCAAAAAUUGCAUUAGGUUGUCAUUUGAAGUGAAUCAGGUGCUCUUCAGGGAUUCUGUCCAAACGUUGCUCGUUGCUUCCUGACAGUCCUGUCGGCUUCUUAAGACAACAUAACCAAAGACUGAACUGAUGCUUCUGCUUGUUCUCUCUCUCUCUCUUGCUCGCCCUUUUCUUCUUGGUAGUCUGAUAUUUGCAACAUUUGCCUGUUGAAAAGUGAGUAUACAAGAAAUAUGCAUUUUGUGGAAUGAACAAAACCUUUGUUACAUUUUCGCGAUGACCCGCUUGAAUUGAAUUGACUUUAGCACCUUAUGUAAUGUUUGAUCCACUUCCUGUACAGUCACGCCUUCAUCGUUUUAGAUUGGGUUUCUGUUAGGACUGGGAAUAUACAGUUGUAUUCCUACAUGAGUUUGUUGGGAGAGAAGGGAAUAUCUCAAAAUGCUAACUUCACCUUUUCUGAACAGUACAUGUGAUUGUUCUAAUGACAGGUGAUGUACAGGUUCCAUUCAGUCUUAAAUGAAAGCUUUUCUAAUUCACUCAGCAGUUAACACCCCCCAAAUAUCAUACAAAUCGGAUGUGUUGCUAAUACGUAGGGCUGACACUGGCUGCAGCCUACAAAUCCUUUCCACGUGGUCCUGUCCUUGUACUUUGUGCUGUUUAUCUUUUUUGUUUUUAAUUUUGUGAUUUCUCAAAAAAAUGAGAAAACACAAGAGAAGAGUAAUUCUUCUAAUCAAAUGUUUCACAGGCUUGGACACACUUGCGCUUGCUUCAGUCAGGAUGUAAAUUAAAUCUCCAGCACGGCCCACAUGUACAAACAUAUACUUUUGAAAGGGUGAUUUUUUUUCUUCCCAAAUAUUUAUUUGUGAAAAUGCAAAAACAAAUGGUCAAAAACAUGGACAGAGAGUUCAACAAGCUAAAAUUCACUUUGCUUCUGGACAAAGACCAAAACUCUAAAAACUAAGUUAUUAAAAAUAAUGAUGAAUGUGUGCUAGGCCUCGCAAUAACAUCGCCGUGGGAAUAAUAAAUGGUUUAUUUACAUGAUAGCUGCAUAUGUACUAGACAUUGUACGUGGAAAUGGUUCUAGAAUUGACAGCGUCCAAGGCUCUGUUCCCAGGACUUUUAUUUGUCCCUCUGCUGCAUUCAUGAGACAUCGGGUUGGUCUUACUUCCUCGAGCAAGUAUUGUCACAAUGCUGUCACGUUGUGUGGAGUUACUUUUUUAAAUCUAGAAGCACAGGGCUGAAGAGCAAACAGAAUAUCCAGAAUGCUGUCAUUUAAUAUGAAUGUAAAUCCAGUUUUAUGGAAUCAUGGAUAUUUUUUUCCACAAUAAUUCCAAAAUGCUGUUUGUGUGAAUGUAGGCUGGACCAUAGUUUGUUUGUUUUUGUCCUAAUACACGAGGCUGAACUCUGGAAGCUAAAUUCUCCUUAAAAUUAUGAAAAGUUACAAAAAGGUCAGAAAUUGUAAAAUGUUUUUUUUUUUUCAAAAGGUCAACAUUGCUAGUUUCCUUUUUAAAAUGUAGAUGUAAAUGUUCACUCAGGCUGUUGGAUUACAGAUUAUAAUUUUGCCUUAGUGUUUUAAAGUAAGUUGCUUAGUCCAAAUUAAUGAAAUAAGCUAAAUUACAAAGAUUUUUUUAAAGUGAUUUUUAAAUUAUCAGCUUCACUUCUAAAAUGCUUAAGAAAUUAGCACCAUAGCCUUAUUUGAAUUAGAGUUGAUUCAUUUCCCUCUGAGUAUUUCAGGUUAUGUAGUAUAUUAUAACCUUAACUUGGCAUAUCUCAUAGUCUUGACUAUUAUUUCUCUAUCAUAAAGUUUGAUUCAGUCAGAUUACAAUAACCUCGUUUACAAGUUCACAAUCCAACACAACUAUUAUUUCUGCAGCCUAAAAUCUAAAUUUCUCUCUCCAUUGAUUUUAACUUUUGUUAUUGCCACAGUUUUCUGGUGGGGAUGAGCUUCCAUAUAAAACGGUUCAGUUUGAAGGUGUUGCUAACUGUCUGUAAUAUAAAACUUUGUGUAUUCAGGUAGUGUGUAGAUGAAGCUCAGCACAUUGUAACACAGUAGAAUCGCACGUGGUGAAGAAACGUUCUAUGGCAGGGGCUCUUUUUUUUUUUAAAGAAACUGCACUUGCUAUGCAUGUUGUCACCAAACGGGACGAGUCGGCUUAAAGCAAUAGAGCACAUGGAAAGAUUUGUUGAUGAUACGCUUUGUGUGUGUGAUUUCAGACUGGGGGUAACAGAUAAGACUCAGUAAAUCAAUGCAUUGACUUGUUUGAUGGUCUGUAUGUUUUCUAUGAGUAAUGCUCAGAGGUGUGUAUGCUUUACUUGUGUCAUCAUGUACCGCAUGUGAUCUGAGAGUAAGUAAGUAAUGGGUUUAUGGGGAAGGUGGGUGUACAUUAUUUAAACCACUGUUCUCUUUUUAGCGUGUGGCUGUUGUAUAUUCUGCAAUUUGACAAUGAAUUACUCUGCACUUAC